CCCAGCAACCCGAAACGUUAAAUUCCCCUUCGCUACCUGCAAAGACAGACUUUUCUCAAACUUUGUCGACCGCCGUUCACUUUCUUGACAAUUAUCCACUUUUUGGACCGCCCAUCGAAAUUUUUCCUCUUUGGGAUCACUGAUUCAUGCGCUCCCGCAGGGUUUACAAGAACCCCAGACGUUCUUCUCCCCCUCCCCUUCCUGAGGUCAGACCGAGAUCCAUGGCACUGCAGAGUCUUCUGGGAUUUGGGAAGCAGUUGCUGAGGGUGAAGGUGGUGGACUGUAACUCAGAGGACUCCCGUCUGUCUCGAUGCCUUAACACUUUUGACCUGGUGGCCCUGGGCGUGGGCAGCACGCUUGGUGCCGGCGUCUAUGUGCUGGCUGGUGCUGUUGCACGUGAGAACUCUGGUCCUGCCAUUGUUCUGUCUUUCCUGAUAGCAGCCCUCGCCUCAGUGAUGGCUGGUCUAUGCUAUGCAGAGUUUGGAGCUCGUGUUCCCAAGACAGGCUCAGCUUACCUUUACUCCUAUGUGACUGUAGGUGAACUCUGGGCCUUUAUCACUGGAUGGAACCUCAUCCUCUCCUAUAUCAUUGGUACCUCCAGUGUGGCCCGGGCAUGGAGCGCCACCUUCGAUGAGCUGUUAGGGAGGCGCAUAGAGGCGUUCAGCAGAGAGUACAUGUACAUGAAUGCACCGGGCGUCUUAGCAGAAUACCCUGAUAUGUUCGCUGUUUUUAUCAUAAUCACCCUCACUGGUCUGUUGGCAUUUGGUGUCAAAGAGUCAGCCAUGGUGAAUAAGGUCUUCACUUGUGUCAACGUCCUAGUGCUGUUGUUCAUGGUAGUCUCUGGCCUGGUCAAAGGUACUUUAAAGAACUGGCAGCUUGACCCUGAAGAGAUCCUAUAUGCCAAUCAUACCAGUAACACCAGCUUCAAUCUGACAGGCAUCCUGCCUACCAAGGAGAGUUUAGGAGUGGGCGGCUUCAUGCCCUUUGGUUUCUCCGGCGUCCUGUCGGGAGCUGCUACCUUUUACGCCUUUGUCGGAUUUGACUGCAUCGCCACCACAGGUGAAGAGGUGAAGAACCCCCAGAGAGCCAUCCCUAUUGGCAUCGUGUCAUCACUGCUCAUCUGCUUUGUAGCCUACUUUGGUGUUUCUGCUGCCCUCACCCUCAUGAUGCCUUACUACCUGCUGGACAGCAACAGCCCUCUGCCUGUAGCCUUCAACUAUGUGGGUUGGGGAGGAGCCAAAUAUGCUGUUGCUGUAGGCUCUCUGUGUGCUCUGUCCACUAGUCUGUUGGGUUCCAUGUUCCCCCUCCCCCGAAUCAUCUUUGCCAUGGCUCGGGAUGGCCUGCUCUUCUCCUUCCUGUCCCGUGUCAGCGAGAGGAAAUCCCCCAUAACGUCCACUGUGACCGCCGGGGUUAUGUCUGCUAUCAUGGCAUUUCUGUUCGACCUGAAGGACCUGGUGGACCUUAUGUCAAUAGGAACGCUGUUGGCUUACACACUGGUGGCUGCGUGUGUCCUCGUACUCAGGUACCAGCCCGAGCAGCCUAGUCAGCUGUAUGAGAUGGCCAGUACCCUGGAAGAGGGGGACAUGAGUGACGGCAUCAGUGUCCCAAGUAUGGGCAUCCUGCCAGGUGUGGAGGAGAGGUUCAGCUUCAAGACCCUCCUGUUCCCAGACAACAAUGAACCAUCAGCACUUUCAGGCUUCUCUGUCAACAUCUGCGCCUCCUUGCUGGGAACAUUGAUCCUGGCGUUCAGUGUGCUCGCAGUGCAGGGUGGCACCGCUUCUUGGAACAUCGUAAUCCUCAGUGUCAUCUUCAUGGUGUGUGGCUUUCUCACCUUCAUCGUCUGGAGGCAACCAGAGAGCAAGACGAAGCUUUCUUUCAAGGUUCCACUGCUACCUUUCCUUCCAGUCGUCAGCAUGUUUGUCAAUGUUUACCUGAUGAUGCAGCUUGACAGAGGCACUUGGAUACGGUUUUCUAUCUGGAUGGUGAUAGGUUUUGUUAUAUACUUCUGCUACGGCAUCCAUCACAGUACUGAGGGCUCCUUAUCCCGCUCAUCUCCAGAAACAGAGAUGGAAGGCGACGGUGAAUCAGAGGCCAGGUCCACAGAAAAGGAGGCCUUCCUGCACUAUGGGAUCGAAGCCAGGGAAGAGGACGAUGGAGAUUUGUAGGAAGCCUUAGAACAUGCUGCUUACAUUUCAACCUGCCCUGACGCCAGUCUGUGUAAGACUAUUUUUGACAGCACAACUCCCAGUCCCUCACUGGCAGUACUCCUCUUUGAAGGAAGUUUUAAUGUGUAACCUUGACCUAAAAUUCAGAAACCUGUGACCCCCCCCCCCCCUCCCCUUUGACUGCUGGUUAGAACAACAGGAUUUCUGAAGCUAUAAUUGAAAUGCUCCUUCAUGUUACAUCAGUAUUUUGAAAUAGUUUUGUUAAACCUUUUGCUGCCCUUGAGCUUCAGAGGCAUGUUGUCGCUGGCUAACUGAUGUGGGAGGGCUCAGGCUAAACACAUGAAUCAUGUCAGUGUUUCUGGGAGGUUCUGGGAGACAAUAAUAUUUGUUUCUCCUCAGGAUGGGUCACAAAAUCUUCUCUGGAGAGUGUCUGGGUUACAUUGCUGGCAGUGGGACAAUGUGCACAUGUGGUAACAGCUUUUGUCUGGGUGCCUUUCUUCCGAUUACAACAUGUAUAUAUUAACAUAAAUCCGAAAAAAUCUGAUUUAAAGGUUAGUGAGAAAUACAGAUUGUGCUAAACCUUUUUCCAAUUCUUGUGCAACCUAAUGAUUGAAAUGAUCUCCAACAGGCUGAUAAGUGCAGGAUUUCACAAUACAUUCGCCGUGAUAAUAAUAUAAUUUCUCUUGUUCACAAACCGGAAAGGCUAGAUGGCCGAUGGCUGUGAACGUUGGCCGGCCGACAGGAAGCCAUAGCUUACAGUUAGCAUGAGUCAAACCCUUAAGUCCAAAGGAUUGCUUUAAUACCAUCUGAGGUCCAAGGCUUUUCUUGCAAAAGGGAAAGCUUGGCCUCCCUGGGUGUUAAGAGUAUUAGCAGGGAGCAGUUUGGAAAAUAAUCAGCCAUGGAUUUGGCUGCAUAUUGUGAUGCAGAAACAGCUGUAAAAAUACAGUUUAACAACGUCUCCUGUUGGAAUCUGAGUUACUAAGAUUUAAAUAGAGAUUUGAGGAAGACUUUGAUUUGAGUCAAAUUUGAUCAAGAGUUGUGGCGCUGGAUAGCUUAGGGGUUAUGUCGCAUACUUCCUGUCCUUGGGUCCCUAUUUCCUACUCUAUCCACCGCCAUCCCCCUAUACAGUAUGUGUGAAACAGUCCCAAACAAUGUUAAAAAGAGUUACCUGAUUUGACAUUUAGAUGAACAUUUUCUAAAUUACAGUCUGCAAUAUGAACUAUCUGCUGCUCUUAGUAAAUACAUAAAAUGUGAAUUGUGAAACAUGCUAAACAUUAGUUCAGGACAUUGACAGCUGAUGAAUGUCUGACAGUGUCACUAAAGAUGGUAGUUGAUUUUUUGUUUUCACAGUGCUGGCUGCUGUGUGUCUGUUGAAUCUGUGCGUGUCACAGUUCCUCAAAAAAACAGAUCAGAUGUUCAAUCUGGAUAAAUGUUCUUGUUCUAAAUCUGAACGAUUCCCUUUGUGAUGUUUGUUAAUGUCUUCUUAUCAUCCAGACCCUUACAUAUCGUAACUUCUGUGUCUUUCAGACGUUGAAUCUGAAUAAAGUUAAGAUUUUUAAUUAGGUAAACACACAAAUCAUUUCAUCUGGCAGAUUUAAACAUUUAUGUAAAUGAUUAAACAGAAACAUUGAUGCAUUAACUUUCACCUACAUUACCCACAUUGCAACUUGAUUGUUGAUAAUCAGUUGGAGAGUUUGUUGUGACAGCUUGUUGCAGCUAAUUAAACCUCAGGCCACUGGCCUCCAGUAAGGGUCUUACUCACUCAUCAUUCAUUAACCUAUUUCUAACACCACAAAUCCAGAUUUGUGUCUCUUUUCAAUCAUGUAGUCUUCAUCCUAAUCAAUUGACAUCACUUGAGGCAAUUUACUAGAGUAUGUACAGCUUGCUCUACAGCCACAAAAGGUACAACACAAUUAGUAUCCCUUCAUACAUAAUUUUAGACCUUGUCAUUGAUGCUAAGCUGAUGAAUAAAAUCUGUCCAGAGGUCAAAAUGUGUAAUCAAGAUUGUAUAUAUAAAGUAUUGUUCAUAUUUCUCAGUAAAUUAUUUGUAAAUUGUAGAAAAGGCGUUUACUAAGUCACCCUGCAUGUCUGACAUGCUCUGUACAUUGUGUUUACAUAUUUUGUAAAUCCUCACCGCCUUCAUUUAUCAUCAAUGCCGUUUUAAGAGCUAUAGACACAGGAUGCAUCACUGCAGUAGAAACAUGAUUCCUGGAGUAGUAAUGAGCUGCUGUAAUGCUGCUUAUGGCCGUUACAGUGUGGUUACGAAUCCAUGACUUCACCUAUUUCUUGCACGACUGACAUGUCCCGAUGACGUUCACACAAGAGAGUCUUCACCUUGUUGAAUUUUGAACACAAGGCAGAAGCUCUCUUUGUUAUUUUUAAUUAUCCAUGAUGGUGAAUAUUUCCCCCAAUGAAAUGAUCAUGAACAGCCUUGUAGAAUCAUUACAAAGGGAUUCCUGUGUAUGUCAAAAUCUGUUUUGGUAAAAAUCAAUGCUUAUAUCUCAAUGAUGUCAUCAUGUCAUGUCACAUCUCACCUAAAUGAAUAUAUGUAAUGACAUACUAGAUCAUAGAUUAAAGCUUAAAUGGUGUCCCAAUAUUUUGAAAUCCAUCCCCAUGCAGUGUUCAUGACUGUCUUAUCUGUUUCUCAGUCUGUUUUUUUCUCAUUUGCCCUUUGUUGCUUCAAUGGUAUAAGGUGUAAAUAUUGGAAAAGCACAAAACUUAAUUUUUAAUUCAUAUUUCUCACUAAAAAUCAAGAGUUUCUCACUUUAUAAUCACUUAAUCUACCCUCACUGAACAUUUCCUCAUAGAAGACGAUCAUUAUUUCCCUCAGGCUGCAUUUACGCACAGUACUGCACUUAGAAAAAGCUUGACUUCAGUGUCAUUAAAGCAUUGUCGUUAACUUGGAGUGCAUUUUUGUUGGGCAUCAAAGUCUGUUCUUGAAAGUAAAAAGCCUCACGGUUCAGCUGCGUUUCGUAGGCUCUUUCAUCCACUGUGCACAGCCUUUUUUUUUUCUUUUUUUUAGCAGUUUUCAUACAGAUAUCUUUCCAUGAAGCCAUAAGUUGGAACUGAAUAGUUCAGGCAAAGCUACGAAGAUGGCUUUAUGUUAAGAUUUGAUUUUUUGUUUGUUUUCUGGAGUCCAUUCUGUUUAAGUUUAUAUUUUAUUUUUUUGUAGAUGUUCAGUUAAAUGUUAAAUGGCCAUCAAAUAUGACUUCCUUGUUCAAAUGCUGAUGUGUGACAGUUUCUGCCCUUUUUAUUUUAUGUUUGUGUCGGGGUGUUAAUUUCACAUUGAAAACCAAUUUGUUGAAUGUGAAAGGUCUUUACUUUGGCGCCAUCUGCUGGGGUGGGGGGUUGGUGGGUAUUAUCACAAUUAGGGAAACUGACGGGCUCAUAGCAAAUCAUUGAUAAUAAUUUUUUCCAUUUCUUCUCACAGAAAAAAAUAACAUUGAAAGUUUAAAUAUUAAACGAAAUGUAUGGUGUUCUGUGUGUUAUUCAUGUGGUAGUCAUCUCUGCUUGUCCUUUGUGUGCCUUUAUUCAUGUCUGUAUAUGUUUCAAUGCUUCACUUUUGUAAAUAAAAAUAAGAUUUACAAAAUC